GUAAACUCAAUGUAUUUAAAAGGUCCACCCAUAACAAGGUAUGAUCCUUGUGGUCUUGGUAUGAUACAUUUUGAAAAAAUAAAAAAUAAAGUUUGGCAAGGUGUUUUAAAUUUGGGUAUAUUUAAUACCGAUGGAAUCACCAAUGGAAUCGAAAUACAAAUUAAUUUCGAAAAAAGAAUGGCGGUUUUUGAGGCUACUCGACAUGCAAUAGUGACCGUUGAAAAUAACCAACGAGAUUUUAAUAUAAAAAUUCAGUAUGUACCAAAACUUUAUAUAUUUUACUUAGCCGUAAUCGAAGAAGGUGAAGAUGUCCCAAUCGUAAAAAGAUUUCUUAUAAACAAUCAUAUUUUAUGUGACGAUACAAUCAAGGAGUCACAAAAUGUAAGCAAAUUCAACGUAACAAAUGAGAACGAUACAAAAUAUCGGCAUAUAUGCGGCAGACGAAGUUUGAAUCACACGGAACUGACAUCGGUUAGGACUAACGUCAGAGCUGGCGACUGGCCGUGGCACGUGGCACUUGUGGUCAAAGAAAUUAUCACAAACAUUGAUAGAUAUCAGUGCGGUGGCAACAUUAUAUCCACAACUGCUGUGUUAACAGCUGGACACUGCAUAAGCAAAAAUGGUAUCAACGUAGAUCCUUGGAGAAUAACAAUAUUAGCUGGAAUAAGUAAUUUAACUGAUUUAAAUCAAGUGGGCCGUCAAGUGCAUAAUGCUUUACAAGUUAUACUUCAUCCGGCGUUCAAUGACGACCAAGCUACCGCAGACUUGGCCAUCGUAAAAGUUACAACUUUCCGAUUCACAGAAUAUGUGCAACCUGUUUGCAUCUGGGGACCAGUGUAUGACAAAUCGUCGCUGUUCGGAAAGGAAGCGACUAUUGUCGGCUUCGGUACAACGGAGGACAACAAGCUUUCUGAUACACUCAGAUCUGCUUACACAAUUGUUCAGAAUGACUUAACCUGCAUUGCGUAUUCAUCUAAAUUAUAUGCCAGUCUGCUGAACGAGUUUACAUUCUGCGCAGGAUAUGGACCUUCAUCUAAUGUCAACGCUCGAAACGGCGACAGCGGCGGAGGUCUGGUGGUAGCUAUGGUGCAGUCUGAUCUCUCGAUUAGUUGGUUCCUGCGGGGUAUUAUUUCCAAAUGUGGAGUUCCACCAGGACAUACUCAGUGCGAUCCUAAAUUUUAUAUUGUAUACACAGAUGUUGCACCGCACUAUGGCUGGAUAUAUCAUAACGCGGGUUUACAAUAUAGUAGCAAUGUGCUAUAUUAGAUUAUAGCUACAUUUAUACUGGAUAUGUAUUAUUCAUUCACAGUCACAAAUUAUGAAAGAUUAUCGGUAGAAGUAAAUUCUGAUCUGGGGACCUAGCACGAAUAUUUGUGACGAUCGGCUUCGUAUCGUCAUCGACAAUUAUGUAAAAAUUGGUAUAAGAAUUUUCAUCAUCAUCAGCUCACUAUAAGUCC